GAGGGAGCUGUUGGGCGGCGGCGGCCGGUCGGGAGCUGCCCGGCGGGAGCUGCCCGGCGGGAGCGGCGUAGGCGCGGGGUCAUCUGCCAGCGCGAACCUGGACAUGGAGCCGCUCGGCGGGGGCCAGGGUCCCGGCCGCGGGACCCGGGACAAAAAGAAGGGCCGGAGCCCGGACGAACUGCCUGCGGCGGGCGGCGACGGCGGCAAAUCCAAGAAAUUUACUCUGAAGCGGCUCAUGGCAGAUGAGCUGGAGAGAUUUACCAGCAUGAGAAUUAAAAAGGAGAAGGAAAAGCCCAAUUCUGCUCAUAGAAAUUCUUCUGCCGCAUAUGGGGAUGAUCCCACAGCACAGUCAUUGCAAGAUGUUUCAGACGAGCAAGUUCUAGUACUCUUUGAACAGAUGCUGCUGGAUAUGAACCUUAAUGAGGAGAAACAGCAACCUUUGAGGGAGAAGGAUAUUAUCAUCAAGAGAGAGAUGGUGUCCCAAUACUUGCACACCUCUAAGGCUGGCAUGAGCCAGAAGGAGAGUUCUAGGUCUGCUAUGAUGUACAUUCAAGAAUUGAGGUCAGGCUUGCGGGAUAUGCCUCUGCUCAGCUGCCUAGAGUCCCUUCGUGUCUCCCUCAACAACAACCCUGUCAGCUGGGUGCAAACAUUUGGUGCUGAGGGUCUGACCUCUUUAUUGGACAUCCUUAAACGACUCCAUGAUGAGAAAGAGGAGACUGCUGGAGGCUACGAUAGCCGUAACAAGCAUGAGAUCAUUCGUUGCCUGAAAGCUUUUAUGAACAACAAGUUUGGAAUCAAGACCAUGCUGGAAACAGAAGAAGGAAUCCUGCUGCUGGUCAGAGCCAUGGAUCCUGCUGUUCCCAACAUGAUGAUUGAUGCAGCUAAGCUGCUUUCUGCUCUUUGUAUCCUACCACAGCCAGAGGACAUGAAUGAAAGGGUUUUGGAGGCAAUGACAGAAAGAGCUGAGAUGGAUGAGGUAGAACGCUUCCAGCCAUUGUUGGAUGGACUAAAAAGUGGGACCUCCAUUGCGCUCAAGGUGGGAUGUCUACAGCUGAUCAAUGCUCUCAUCACACCAGCUGAAGAACUUGACUUCCGAGUUCACAUCCGAAGUGAACUGAUGCGCUUGGGGCUGCAUCAGGUGUUGCAGGAUCUUCGAGAGAUUGAAAAUGAUGAUAUGAGAGUGCAACUAAAUGUGUUUGAUGAGCAAGGGGAAGAGGAUUCCUAUGACCUGAAGGGACGGCUGGAUGACAUUCGAAUGGAGAUGGAUGACUUCAGUGAAGUUUUCCAGAUUCUCCUAAACACAGUAAAGGAUUCAAAGGCAGAGCCACACUUCCUGUCCAUCCUGCAGCACCUACUCUUGGUCCGAAAUGACUAUGAGGCUAGACCGCAGUACUAUAAGCUGAUUGAAGAAUGUAUUUCUCAGAUAGUUCUGCACAAGAAUGGGGCUGAUCCUGACUUCAAGUGCCGGCACCUCCAGAUUGAUAUUGAGGGGUUGAUUGAUCAAAUGAUUGAUAAAACAAAGGUGGAGAAAUCUGAAGCCAAAGCUACAGAGUUGGAAAAAAAGCUGGACUCAGAGUUAACAGCACGACAUGAGCUACAGGUAGAAAUGAAAAAGAUGGAAAGUGACUUUGAGCAGAAGCUCCAGGAUCUUCAGGGAGAAAAGGAUGCCUUGGAUUCUGAAAAGCAGCAGAUAGCCACAAAGAAACAGGACUUGGAAGCAGAGGUGUCUCAACUCACAGGGGAGGUUGCCAAGCUUUCUAAGGAACUGGAAGAUGCCAAGAAAGAAAUGGCUUCUCUCUCCGCUGCCGCUGCCGUUACUGCUGUAGCCCUUCCUAGCAGUGCUCCUGUCCCCCCCACCCCUCCUUUACCUGGUGACUCUGGCCCUGUUACUCCACCCCCAGCCCCUCCUUUACCGGGGGUGGUUAGCAUACCCCCAUCAGCUCCUCUUCCUGGAGGUGGUACCAUUCCUCCUCCACCACCUCCCCCUCCUUUGCCUGGGGGUGUUUGUAUCCCCCCACCCCCUCCUUUGCCUGGAAGUACUGUUGAUAUCCCCCCACCCCCUCCUUUGCCUGGGGGUGCUGGCAUCCCCCCACCUCCUCCUCCCCCUCUUCCUGGUGGUCCUGGAAUCCCUCCACCCCCUCCAUUUCCUGGAGGUCCUGGAAUCCCUCCACCUCCACCUGGAAUGGGUAUGCCUCCACCUCCCCCUUUUGGAUUUGGAGUUCCUGCAGCCCCAGUUCUGCCAUUUGGAUUGACCCCAAAGAAGCUUUAUAAGCCAGAAGUGCAGCUCCGAAGGCCAAACUGGUCCAAGUUUGUUGUUGAGGACCUGUCCCAGGACUGCUUCUGGACAAAAGUGAAGGAGGACCGUUUUGAGAACAAUGAACUUUUCGCCAAACUUACUCUUACCUUUUCUGCCCAGACCAAGACCAAGAAGGAUCAGGAAGGUGGAGAAGAAAAGAAAUCUGUGCAAAAGAAAAAAGUAAAAGAGUUAAAGGUGUUGGAUUCAAAGACAGCCCAGAAUCUCUCCAUCUUUCUGGGUUCAUUCCGCAUGGCCUAUCAAGAGAUUAAGAAUGUCAUCCUGGAGGUGAAUGAGUCUGUUCUCACUGAGUCUAUGAUCCAGAACCUCAUUAAGCAGAUGCCAGAGCCAGAGCAGUUAAAAAUGCUUUCUGAACUAAAGGAUGAAUAUGAUGAUCUGGCUGAGUCGGAGCAGUUUGGUGUGGUGAUGGGCACUGUGCCCCGCCUGCGGCCUCGCCUCAACGCCAUCCUCUUCAAGCUACAGUUUAGUGAGCAAGUGGAGAAUAUUAAGCCAGAGAUUGUUUCUGUGACUGCCGCGUGUGAGGAGUUACGAAAGAGUGAGAGCUUCUCUAAACUCCUGGAGAUUACUUUACUUGUUGGAAACUACAUGAAUGCUGGCUCCAGGAAUGCCGGUGCUUUCGGCUUCAACAUCAGCUUCCUGUGUAAGCUUCGAGACACCAAGUCCACAGAUCAGAAGAUGACACUGUUGCACUUCUUGGCUGAGUUGUGCGAGAAUGACCAUCCUGAUGUCCUCAAGUUUCCAGAUGAGCUUGCCCAUGUGGAGAAAGCCAGCCGAGUUUCUGCUGAAAACUUGCAAAAGAACCUAGAUCAAAUGAAGAAACAGAUUUCUGAUGUGGAACGUGAUGUUCAGAAUUUCCCAGCUGCCACAGAUGAGAAAGACAAGUUUGUUGAAAAAAUGACUAGCUUUGUGAAGGACGCACAGGAACAGUAUAACAAGUUGCGGAUGAUGCAUUGUAAUAUGGAGACCCUCUAUAAGGAGCUGGGAGAGUACUUCCUCUUUGACCCCAAGAAGGUGUCUGUGGAAGAAUUCUUCAUGGAUCUGCACAACUUUAAGAAUAUGUUUGUGCAAGCAGUCAAGGAAAACCAGAAGCGGCGGGAGACAGAGGAAAAGAUGCGGCGAGCGAAACUAGCCAAGGAGAAGGCAGAGAAGGAGCGGCUGGAGAAGCAGCAGAAGAGAGAGCAACUCAUAGAUAUGAAUGCAGAGGGCGAUGAGACAGGUGUGAUGGACAGUCUUCUGGAAGCUCUGCAGUCAGGCGCAGCAUUCCGACGGAAGAGAGGACCCCGUCAGGCCAACAGGAAGGCUGGGUGUGCAGUCACAUCUCUCCUAGCCUCGGAGCUGACCAAGGAUGAUGCCAUGACUACUGUUCCUCCUAAGGUCGCCAAGAACAAUGAGGGAGUCCCCACAAUCCUUGAAGAACCCAAGGAGCUGGUUGGCCGUGCAAGCUAAGCUGGGUCUUGUGGCCUCAGCAGCUUCCUUAGUGGAGCCCCAGACUGUCUUGCCCUGCAGCAUGUGCCUAAAGGGUCACGGAAAUAUUCCUCUGGGGUGGCUGCUCCCACUACCUUGACCCUGUCUUACUCUCUGGCCUGCUGCUCUCUGUACAUCACACACAGCUUCAGCUGCCUGGAGGCCAGUAGGAAAAGGCAGUGUGGGGAGGCCUGAGCCCAGCCCGCCCUGGCUGUUGUAUUACCAAAGCAGGCUCCGUGUUUGCUGCCUUAACCCCAGCGGUCUUCUGUCACUCUGAGGCCUUGUCUCAGACCAGGCCCCACCUGCUUUCUCAACCCCUGCCUUUCCAGUAGGCUUUCACUUUGGUCAAUCUUGCUGGGUUCGUGCUUUUCUUUUGUGGUUUCUCUAGCCCUGAGAACAGCAUGGGGCUUGUGAACCUUUAGGCUGUAUCCCUCCUUUCAUCGCUGUCACCGCUGCUCUGCUCUUCCCUCUCCCGGUUACUGUUAUUUAUUACUAGUGGUGUGACACUGGGAGCCGUGCCCAGAGAAGUGGGGAGGCAAACCCCACCCUCCCCAAACCUUCCUGGGAAGGGCCUCCCAAAACAAAAAGGACCUGGACCACUUGAUCUGUUCCACGAUGGCCUAGGCCAGGGCCUGUGGGCAGGCAGGAUAUAGAGACAUUGUGGGACCUGUCCCCAGCCUGCUGCCAUGUUUUAUGACCCUGCCUCUGUGAACCUUCUAUACCUGCCCCAGGCUACUGAGCCAUGGUCUCUCCUCACAUCUUCCCCGGAGCUUUGGUGCAUCUCCUCUGGAGUAUGGACUUUAUUGUGACCAUCCCAACACCUCACCCUCUGUCUCCAAGGAAAUGGGAGGUGGAGCCUCCUGGCUGAGAAAUUGUUUUGCAAAUGGAUCUAUUUUUAUAUGAGAUUUUUUUUUUAAGAGAAUAACUAUCCCUUCCCCCUUUCCCCUCCAUAAUGUAAGAGACUUUGAUGGCAGGUCCUGGUGCCCCUGGGGUUUCUCCCCACAGGCCUCAGUCCUGAACAACACCCUGGACCUCCACCUCCACCCUAAAGCCUUUUGGGCCCUUGAAGUCCAGUGCAGAUUCUCUCUCCCAUCAUCUAGUUCUGGGGCAGGAGGAGCUCUUCUCUGGUAGAGGUGGACCAGGCCUCAGUGGUGGGAGCUCUGAGACCACAGAGUUUUUAAUAAAAAUUUAAUAUAUUUAUCAAGCCAAAUGUGCAAAUGCUAACUGGACACUGGGCAAGUGAGUAGUGUUGCCACACAGCGUCCCCCUGCUCCCUUAUGAACAGUGGGCAGGCCAGGCUGUUCAGAGGCCCUGGCUCCAGGAAGCUCAGAUUCUCUGGCUCAGGGUGACACUUUGCCCUCCUUUGCUUUUAGCUUCCACCCCCAGGUAGGAGAGAGAAUGACACUGCUCAGGCUUGACCCAGAAUUAAAGUUGUUGGAGCAAAGGGGGGAACGCAGGAGACCUGAGGCUUCCUGCAGGGAGGCCUUCAGGCCAGGAACAAAGGUUCCGUUUGCUACAGCUGUCUGUGUGUGAAGGGGCAACAGCAUCUCCUUUGAGUGGGGGGGAGGCUGCUCCCCUGGGUCCCCUCCUCUUCCCUGCUGACAUCUGGGGCUUUGACCCUUUCUUUUUUAAUCUACUUUUGCUAAGAUGCAUUUAAUAAAAAAUUUAAAAAGACAAAAUGCAAACCUGUUUCCCUUGCCUCUUGGGCUUCUGGGAUGUCAUCACCUCCAGUUUGUUGGGUUUGUUUCCAACUGUUAAUAAAGCAUUGAAACAGUA